GCGCAACCGUUAAACAAAGAAAUGAUACUCAAGGAAAUGACACGUCUGAAAUGGGAUUAUUACGCGCAAGCUAAAGAAGUUUCCUCCGAAAAAAAUUGUUCUUCCGAUCAACCAGAGUACAGUACCACAAACGUCCUUCGAUUAAUAACCAUACAAGGAAAUUGAAAUUCUGAAUCACUUCCUUUUCCUGGUUUCAUUAUUUCCAAAGAUGCGUCCUAGCAUGUUACUACUACGUGCUAAUGAUAGCGAAAUUCCACCCACCACAUCCCCUUGAUUGUAUAAAACACACCCUGGCUAAAACGAUCAUAAUAAAUACGAAGACUUGAUUUUAUGUCAUAGUUUACUGUCACCUUCGAUUUCCCUACAUUUGGACUUUGAGAUUAUUAUAAAUAUUUUUAAAGAGUGCACUCUAAGAUGUCAGUUGGUGCACAUAGUGAAACAAGAAGCGCGUCAACCCAGCUUCCUUCAAGGGCACGAAUAGUACGAGUAAUAUCCCCAUUGCAUUUACUAAUACCGGCUGGCUGUCACGACGAACCAGAUGUUGUAAACACGACAAAUCAUGCUGAUCAGCGACCACACCUAUUACGGCCUGUUCUAAGAAAACUACUUCUAAUGUUAGAUGGAAUUCAGUUAUUGUCAGCAUUAGAAGUCAAAGUAAAAUGUGGUGCAAUGAGAGUUGUGUUUGUCAAAUCAGAUCGUGAAAAACAUUUGUUACGUUGCAGCGUGGUUUGUGACAUCACACGGGGUAAGGUGCAUGUUAAGCUUCGCACCCCCUUGGUUGUUCCUAAGACAACAUCACUGGCUAUGCUACGGAAUGCAUUGGAAACUGUCAAUAGAAUCCUAAACCAAUUGGUUCCACUUGGUAACUCCGUUCUGACUUCAUUACUAUCUGCAAACAUUUUAAAAGCGAUUAUAUUUGGUAAGGACAAUGUCGAUGAUCAACUAUCUGAUAGGCCUAAUGCAGAAGAAAGUCAAAAAAUCAAUGCGUUGAUGGCUUCCCUUCUAUGCCUUGACAUCACGCUGAGACUCACAAAGGAUAUAAAAGUUAUACUGAAAAGAAAAGAAAGAUUUAGGAUAAGUAAGAAAACUAAUGUGGAACUUGAAGCGAGAAAUGGUAUGCAAUCUUUCAAAGAGCCUCGAAAUAGAUUUCAACAAAAGAAGGUGUCCAAUUCGAUUGCGAAGUUGUACGAAUGGAUAAGGAAGACAAGAGGCCGCAGUGUGACAUGCCAAGUGUUGGAACUGGUUAGCCACUUAGAUUAUUAUUGUGAAAAUGAAAUUGUCGCAAGCACGAAUUGAUUGGGUUAUGGAAUUUCCAUAUGCUGAGCAACUUAGACCAAUGGCGAAAGCACCAGAGUUAGAGGGGCGAGCACACGCGUUUUGGCGCGAAAAUUCCCGCCAAUUCCACAGGUAAUUAACCCUACACUGAAUAACCAUUUUGCCUGAAGUGGCGUGCUCCUCCCUCGCCCCUCGCUACGCCCUGAAGACCGACAUUAUAUUAUAUUAUAUUAUCUUGUGUGCGGUUACGGCUAUUCUUUACUUGAAAUGGGUGUGUAUAGGUGAUUCAUAAAAUAAACUAACACUUUAUUAAUCUUGAAUGUAGAGUAUGCAAAUCACGCGAAAUACAAACAAGUAAAUCCUGGAUUUUUUUGGCUACACAAAUAUAAAGCACUCUCAAAGCCGCGAGGCAGUUUGAUUGGCUACUUCGUACUCGCGCGCUAACAGCUCUGCCAAUAGCCCAAAUAUUAUGAUGAAAACAUUAUAGCCGACAGGAAAUUCAAGAUUAUCAGAUUAUUAGUUUUCUUUCUUCUCUUCCGCUUCGUUAUUCAUUUUCCCCCUAUCGAAAGACAUUCAUUUUAAAGUUGUUUUAUUUUCCAUUCUGAUUGUAUUUCGGCUGUCUCAUCCAUCCAAUCCAUUAAUACUUUUUAAUCGAUCGUUUGAUAUAAAAAGGAUAAAAAUAAAAAAAUAAAAUGAAUUGAAUAAAGUGCUUCACAUUUUAUCAAUCAGUUUGAAGUUUUGCCUUUUAGAUCCAGAAUGAUAGUAUCUCAAAGCGAGCACUGUUGUCUGAUACUCAUCUUGGACGAGCGGCAGUCUAUAAUAGUCUCUACUAGUAUUAUUUAUUUACAGUAAGAUUAUUUAACAUGGGAUAUGCAUGACUCACAAGGUUUAUUGUUAUCUUAUCCUUAUCUAAAAUUACCCAUGCAAGAAACAAUCACUGAUUAGAAAUUGAGCCUAGUACGUGAUUAUUGGUAUGAUUAAUGCAUCUUCUCUCAAAAGGGAUAGCAACGGUGGGGUUCCAAUACAAGCCACAGUCGGCCAUUGUGGUUCACCAACGGUAUCUAUUCUACCCAGGGUUUAUUCGAUGAAUCAUCACUUUAAAUUCAGUC